AUGAAGUUCCUCGGCGUUACUCUUGCCUCGUUGGGGCUUGCCUCAGCCGCAUCGGUUUCCAACAAGCAGAAGGUCAGCUACGACGAUUGGAAAGUCUUCCGCGUCAAUGGACCCUCCAACACCGCCAAGUUCCAAGAGGUGGUGAACAAGCUGCAGCUCGAUGUGUGGAAGGGCAAGCCGUCAUCUGGUGAUGUAGUCGACGUCUCAGUUGCACCUGAACAGCUCUCAGCAUUCGAGGCUGCCACGAAGGAUUUUGAGACUAAGAUAAUGCACGAGAACUUGGGCGCAUCUAUCUCUGAGGAGAACACUUUCUCUACAUAUGCUGCCGGCGCUGCGCCCAGUGCUACAUGGUUCAACUCAUACCACGCAUUGGCCGAUCACUACCAGUGGAUCUCUGACCUUGCAGCUGCGUACCCCUCAAACUCUGAGGUCAUCUCCGCAGGCAAGUCGCUCGAGGGACGUGACAUCAAGGGCAUCCAUAUCUGGGGUAGCGGCGGCAAGGGCUCCCAGAAGGCAGUCGUUUGGCACAGCACUGUGCACGCCAGAGAAUGGAUUACAACCAUGGUCAACGAGUACGCCGCGUACCAGCUGCUCACCUCCACGGAUGCUACAACUGCCGCCUUCAAGAACAAGUACGACUUCUACAUCUUCCCUGUCGUCAACCCGGACGGCUUCUACUUCUCACAGAACAGCAACCGUCUCUGGAGGAAAAACCGGCAGACUACCCCGACAGCCUCCUGCGUCGGUCGUGACAUCAACAGGAAUUGGCCGCACAAAUCUUGGAGCCAAGCUCAGGGAGCCAGCUCCUCGCCGUGCGAUGAAGACUACAAGGGCCCUGCUGCCGGCGACGGUGUCGAGACCAAAGCGCUGAAGGCUCAGCUUGACAGCCUUGCUGCAGGCAAGGGUAUCCAGCUCUACAUGGACAUCCACUCCUACUCUCAGCUUUGGAUGUACCCCUAUGGCUAUACUUGCUCUGGAACGCUUCCCAACUCUGCCAGCUACGCCAGCCUUACCAAGGGCGCUAUUGCUGCCGUCAAAGCUGUCCAUGGUACAACUUUCACUGGUGGUCCCAUUUGCAACACCAUCUACCAGGUGAGCGGUGACAGUGUCGACUAUGCGAUCGAGAACGCCAAGGCGAAGUACGCAAUGACUGUCGAGCUCCGUGACACUGGUACAUACGGUUUCGUUCUGCCUGCGACCCAGAUUUUGCCUAGCAGUGAGGAGAUGUGGGCUGGUCUGUCUUACUUGUUGAAGAACAUGACUUAA